CUAUGCAAAGUAUAUUCUACAUGGUCUCAUACAAGGUUGUCAUAUUUCACUCAGACACUUUGUUAUCCUUUUGACUGGGAAAAAAAAUAUAUAUAUAUACAUGAGACAUGGCAUCUGAGUUCUGCCUCAGUAUCACCAAGUACUUCCUGUUUCUUUUCAACCUAAUCUUUUUUUUGUUAGGGUUGUCCAUCUUGGGGUUGGGAGUCUGGAUAGCAUGUUCAGAGACAAUACCCACCCCUCGCUACCUAUCCCUGUCUCUCCUCUCCUAUCUGCUGGUCAUCAGUGGCUCUGUCACCGUGUUAUUGGGCUUCUUUGGGAGCCUCGGUGCUCUGAAGGAGGUCAAAUGCAUGCUGGCAAUUUAUUUUAUCCUGCUCACCGUGCUUCUUGCAGCUCAGAUAAUUGGCACAGUUCUGCUCUUCACGCAGAAAAGUGCGUUGGUGAGUUCUGUGGAAAAGCAUGUUCUUGACAUUAUUAAAUCAUUUGAGAAGAAUGAUUCAAGUCUACAACAUUUUCACACCUCUCUAGAAUUUGUUCAACGUGAGGCCCAGUGCUGUGGCUGGAAUGGGAAGGAUGACUGGGAUAAUAUCCCGUCCUCCUGUUACUAUAAGAAUGCUACAGUAAAUGGCACUGUUCAAAUCUCAAACUUCUGCCUCCAUACAAUCUCAAACAACACAUGUGGGGUGUAUGAACAGAACUGCGGAGAAAUUAUUAAAAACUGGAUUAAUGAGCAUCUCAUGAUCAUUCUUGGAGUGGUGCUCGCUCUAGCUGUUGUAGAGAUAUGUGGUACCAUCCUUUCGAUGUGUCUGUAUAGCCAGGCUUCCAUGGAUUACUCGAUGCCUUUCUAAGAAUAAACCAGAGUGGAGCGCAGGAAGAACACCAGCUAAAAGCUUCCUCUACUAUGCAUACUGAAAGUUAAUUUUGUAACAGUAUCAGUAAUGACUUCUGUACAUACCAGCAGCGGUAUUUCAUUUUGUAACCCCAAAUCAUUAUCGGUUCCUGUACAUUAUUUUCUUAUGAUUUUCAUAUGUAGAAUUUUUUAUGUUAAUAAAUAGUAAAUUUAAAAUAA